AUGCUCCGCCGCGUCCUACCCAUUCUACUGGUUGCAUGCUUGACAACACUGCUGCUAUUCACGAUUUUCCAGCGAGUGUCAUGGCGCGCGUUACCACAGGCCGUUGGACUCGGAGAAGAAUAUGGGUCCUUGGAAGAGGCUGACGAUGCAGCGAAUACAGGCUCAGCCAUCACAGUCCCUCAGGCGGACGCACAAGAGCCAGCAGAUGUCGACCCGAAUGCCUGGAGAGCAGGCGGCUCCGAAGGCUUCAAGGAGCCCAAGGUCGAGUCGAAGAGUCCGUAUCCUGUUGGACAGCUCAAGCCUGCGGGCAGCAAUUACACGAAAUGUCUCGUCAUGCCGAAGAUGACGGGUGAGAAUGUGGACUGGGUUGAUCACGAGCUUGGGGAUUUGGUAGAGGCUGGGCUAUUGACGACGGCGGUAUAUGGCAUGGACGAUGACAGCAUGGAACUGCGUCCACCUCGGAACAAGGGCAAUGAGGUCAUGGCAUAUCUGAGCUAUAUCAUUGACUUCUACGACGACCUGCCGGACGUGGCUCUCUUCAUGCACGCGCAUCGAUGGGCCUGGCAUAACAAUCUCAUACUGGGCAAGGAUGCGUCGUUGAUGGUGCGGCAUCUGAGCGCAGAGCGAGUGACCAGAGAUGGAUACAUGAACUUGCGCUGCCACUGGGACCCAGGAUGUCCAGACUGGUUGCACCCUGGAGCUAUCGAUCGCGACUAUUGGAAGCAAGAGGAGAGUAUCUUCGCCGAUUAUUGGAACGAGCUCUUUCCUGAAGCACCCAUACCCACAGUCCUCGCACAGCCAUGCUGCGCCCAGUUCGCAGUCUCCCGCGAGAGGAUCAGAGCCGUACCAAAAGAACGCUUCAUCUACCUCCGCGACUGGGUCUUGCACACAGAACUCUCCGACUUCCUCUCCGGCCGCAUCUUCGAGUACACCUGGCAGUACAUCUUCUCCUCCACCCCGCUCCACUGCCCCAGCAUGAGCGCCUGCUACUGCGACGGCUACGGGUUGUGCUUUGGUGACGCAGAGAAGUUCGACUACUAUUUCGAGCUGAAUUAUCACCUGACGGGAUACCAGAAGGAGCUGAAGCUCUGGAACGAGCAGGCGGAGACGAUUGCUCAGGCACGCGAGCAGGCUCAUGGUCGGUUCAGCGGGGAGGAGGCGCUGGAUGUUCCGGAGGUGGGGAGGAAUGUGACGCUGAGGGAGGAGAUCACGAAGCUUGAGGAGGCGAUGAAGGAGAGGAGGGAGGCGGCGUUUGAGCUUGGGAGGGAUCCAAGGCAGAGGGCGAAGGAGGCAGGGAGGGUGUGGGUGGAAGGGGAUGGAUUUUGA